AUGGGCUUAAACUUCCUCUGGCCCAGCGCCUUGGGGCCCUUUGCCAGUGUCAGCCCGGCCCCUUCGUUUUCCGUCGCCAGUUUCCUCCAAACCUACGUCUUCAAGCUCAAUAAUAGCUUGUUUCCUGCCCUUUCCGCUGCCUCGGUAUCGUGGAUCAGCAACACCGGCAAGAACGCUGCCCACUCGUGUGCUGCUGACGACUUGGAGCUUUCCUUGGGCAACGACCAGAUAGAGCUCUUUGACAACUACUUGGCUCCCCAGGGCAAACAGCCUCCGCAGUCCAACCACGGCUUCCCUGCUCACUUGGAGCUGGCGUCCAUUCCAGACGCUGAUUUGGCUCCUUGGGGGUUUGACUUCCCCCCCGGUGCCUGA